AUGUCCACGGUUGUAGCGACCAACACCCUACCCAUCAACACCGAGUCUUCGGUCAUCUUCUCGACUUUCGACCAGUGUGAGAUCAAAGAGAUCUACACAUAUGAAGGAGGCAGUACAGUCGCUUGGGUAGUCUUUGAGACUCCUGAAGCCGCCCAGAAGUUUGCUGACGAAUGCGACGGUUACCCUUUUGGAGGGACCGAUCAGAAGAUGUAUACAAACAUGAGCACCCACGCGGACAUUGCAGACGAAGCCACGAACCUCUUAUCGAAGUUCCUUGAUGAGCGCGAUAACCAGGUCGAGUCACAUACUGUCAAGAUCACAGGUCUUCCUCAGAACCAGACUAUUCGGAACUUGAACGAACUGUGUCAGUCCUUCGACGAUGCGCACUUCCACUGGGAGCAAUACAGUUCAUUCAUUGACAACUACCCCGAACCGACCCAGAUGCUAGAGUUCGAUUCUCCAGAGCCUGGUAUUGGUCUUGUGCGGGUUGCAGAGCCACACAUGGCAGUGGAUAUUGUUUUGCAAACUGCGGGUACCUAUUGGAAGAACGCGACCAUCAAUGCCAAGUGUGUUCCGGAUUUGGAGAUGGACCAAAUGCUCGUCAAGAAGCCUGCAUGUGAGGCCAAGGGCGUUGAGCUUUUCGUAACUGGUCUUUGGCCUAAUACCUCCUCCACAGAGGUUCUCAGAUUCUUCAAGGACUAUCCCAUCCGCGACAUCAACAUGCCACCAGGUGGUAAGCAUUUCUGCUUCAUCUUGGUCGCCCAGGACGAUGUAGACAAGAUUCUCGCGCGUUUUGCUGGAGGGGUUUGGUGCCAGGGCCGUAUGCUCAGGGCUAGGCUUUUGGGGAAGAAGACUCGUACCGUAAAGAAGCCCGUACUUCAUACUGAAGAAGACAUAGCACAGAAGCCUAUGACGGAGCUUACGGUUUCCAACCUACCAUAUGAGGUAUCCGAGUCGAGUAUUCGCAUCGCUUUCCAAGGCUUCACGGUAUGCAAGGUUGAUCUCAAGAAAAUUUACGCUUCUGUGGUUAUUGCGACGGAUGAAGUAGGUCGGGCCAUGAAGACGCUGCCUGGAAGGUGGGUUGGUGGUCGGAAGAUGAAUGUCAAGGUUGAACAUUCAUUGUGA